AGUCAAACAAGAAGCUUAGCUCAGGGAGUGCGUGUUUGACGGUGAGGCUCGCCACCGGAGCAGAGACUGUGAACAACAGGGAAGGAUUGAAUGCAGUGCAAAUAUUGCAAAUUUGAAAGCUUCAAUAAAGAGGCUCUCCUGAAGCACUUUCGACUUCGUCACGGUACAGGUGCAAACUGGCCCUGUAUUCACACAGACUGUGUGUGUGUAUUUAAAACACCUGGUGCAUUACGGUCACACUUCUCAAGAUCACACACAACUGCGGAGAGAGGUAGUAGAGGGGCAGCCUAUGGUAUCCGAAGUCCAGCAGAGAUGGCCUGCACUGUUUUCCUGUGAAGAGAUAUCUGAAGAAUUUCAUCGCAUCACCAGCAAAGACCUCCUGAAGACUUUCAAUGAGUCCCUUGAGAAUGAUGUGCCUCGCCUGCUCAGACUGUACCGGGCUAGAAAGGGAGCUUUUGGUCAGCAAAUAGAAGACUUCCUGGAUAAGCUUGAUGAACAGACAUCAGACAUUGUGUCUCACCGAAAGAUGACAGCACUGAGAUGCCUCCCCGUUUUUGUCCGGGACGACACAACUAAGUUUUUCCUGCAGCAUUUGAAAACUGGCCUGAAGAAAGAGUGCUCAGAGGCAUGUCUGUUGGCAUCCUUACAAUCCUUGAAGAAGAUGAUCCUGCUGUAUCACCCAACGUACGGGACUGGGCUGUUGUGUUGGAAGGUUCCAUCGUGCUACAUGACCUGCCAGACCUCGAACUAUGCAUAUAGAAUUAUUUCAGAAACAACUGUAGUCCGGGGCAAAGCGAACAGAGUUCCCGGAGAGCUGAAGAGGAUGUUUCCUAGCCUCCUUCAAGAUGCGGUCCCUAUCCGUGUACCGCAGACACUUCACAAUCAUCGCCCUGGGACGGGGAGAUUGGCGCAGGGGACCGAUGCGAUGGGCCCGCAUGAGCUCCGGAGGAUUUGCAGCCAAGGCAGGGAACCACUUGGGGAUGUUGGCGGACAGUUCCGGGAGAUCUGCAUCCAAGGACAACUCAUGCUCCUCUUCAACUUGCUGUAA